GUUUAAACUAUGACAGUAAGUAUGAAAGGUGGCGUGGAGCUUCCCAGUAAUUGUGUUCUCAAUACCCGCUAUUCGUUCGGCAAACUCUUUCUGAACUGCUUUUUUAAGGAUUAUAUUUUGACCUAGGGAUGUCGGUAAGUGGGGCCGAGUUGUUGAAGAGGUGGUGAGCAGCGCAUGGUAAGUGUGCUCCUAGGUAAGUAGAAUUCUUUCUAAAAUGGGUACAUUUUCUCCAGAAACAUGUUUGGAACUGAUCCCCACACUCACACGCCAGCAAGUGGAACGGGAGUAUGUCUACUUCGGGGGAACUGUCGAGCUUGCCAUAAAAGACAAGAGGUACAAACUCCGAGAAUACCUGGUUAACCUGAGGGAUGCCCAAAAUGUAGCACCAGCCACCGCGGCAUAUGCAGGCUUUGCUGUACCAGCUGCUGAUCAGACACCAUACCUUGCUGCUUCAGUACAACCAGCGGACACUAUCUCCCCCCACAUGUACCAAGCAGCACUAUCAACUCAGGAGCCUUAUACCACACAGACUUCAAGUGAGAGCUACAUUACUGGCGCAGGUGGUGACAAACAGUUAGACUCUCUCAAUAACCUGUGUCAUAAGAUAAAUGCAAAUGUGCUGCAGCUGAAGCUGGAUUUUGCGGAGUAUGCGGUUGGCAGGGGAGCAGGCGGUUGCUAUGAUGCGGUUGAUAUGGAUCUGUCAGACCCUGGUGAGGAUAUGGAGCUAUCAGACUGUGAUAUGACUCAGGAGGACAAGGGUGCUAGUGAUCAUAAUGGCUCAAGGUCCCAAAUGCACCAGCAUAGAGGUGGCACAGCACACCCCAGAGGAGGCUCUCUGAUGAGAGGAGGGCGAGGGAGAGGUCCACCACAACGUAGUCCUAACCUUGAAACCAGACCUCCCAACGGUGCACAGCACAACGGUUCUAACACUCAUACUAGACCUAUUGGUAAUGCCAAUGGUGACAGAGGAAUCAGUAGAAUCAGCGAUAUUGAUAGCGGGGGUGUGGCCGGAGCAGGGGCUGUAGGUGGAUCAUGGAGUAGGGGUCCUUCAGGCCCUCCUCCCCGAAGUAGAGCUCAGCCCAGAGAGUUCAAUAGAGGGAGCAGAUUUUCUAGUAGUCGAGGCGGUCAAUCACAACCUAGACGCGAUUUUGGAGUGCGAGGUCUUGGUAAUAAGGAGGAGAUACCUCAUGAUUUGAAACCUGUUGAUUGGGAAAGUCAGACUUUGGAAACAAUAAACAAAGUGCAUUAUAAUGAGCACGACGCUACAUCAACAAGACCUUCAGAAGAGAUCAACAAAUGGAGGGGGGAAUGUAAAAUGACAGUAUCAGACACGUGCCCAAAUCCUAUCCUUAAAUUUGAGGAAGUUUCCUUUCCAAACGCCAUUAAAAGCGUAAUCCAACAGAACAAGUUCCAAGAACCUACACCAAUUCAGGCUCAAGGCUGGCCUAUAGCGCUGUCCGGGCGGGACGUUAUCGGUAUUGCUCAGACAGGUAGCGGGAAAACACUCGGGUUCACUCUGCCAGGACUAAUUCAUAUAAACGCUCAACCCCCGGGAAAUGUGGGUCCUAUUGCCUUGUGCUUGUGUCCUACCAGAGAACUUGCCCAGCAAGUAAUGGAGGUCUGUGAACAAUACACUACUGCCAUGCGAAUGAGAGCAGUUUGUUUGUACGGAGGCUCCAGCAAAUAUCAGCAGAUCCGACAACUGGCUGACGGAGUAGAGUUUGCUAUCGCCACUCCGGGCAGACUUAUAGACUUACUGAACACUAAGAAGAUCAGUUUGAGGCGUUGUUCUUAUUUAGUAUUGGACGAGGCAGAUCGCAUGCUGGACAUGGGGUUUGAGCCACAAAUCAGCGCUAUAAUUUCACAAAUCAGACCAGACCGUCAGACUCUAAUGUGGUCAGCAACCUGGCCCGAAGAGGUCCAGGAACUCGCCCACAAGUUCCUCAAAGAUCCACUUCAAAUAAACAUAGGAUCAGAGAAACUGGUGGCGAAUCAUGCGAUUAAACAAGUAGUAGAAGUGAUAGAGGACUUUGAGAAGUUUGAUAAACUGAAAAUGUUACUGCAGCAGAUUACAGACGAGGGUGAUAAUAAAACUCUUGUGUUUACUGAUACUAAACGUAUGGCUGACAAUAUUGCCAACGAGCUUAAAGGUGGAGGUUGGACGGUGGAAUCAAUGCAUGGUGAUAAGAGGCAGGAAGAUCGAGAACGGAUUCUCUCAGAUUUCAAGCGGGGAUACAUCUCCAUUUUAGUGGCCACUGAUGUAGCCUCUCGUGGAAUAGACAUUUCCGACAUUACGAACGUUAUAAAUUUCGACUACCCGAACACCUCUGAAGACUACGUCCACCGAAUUGGCAGAACAGCGCGCGCCUCCCGCAAGGGAACAGCCUACACCUUCAUCACACCUAACGACUCCCGGAAUAUAGACGAUCUUGUGGAGGUCCUGAAGGAGGCUAAUCAGGAGAUCCCUCAUGCUCUCAUGAUGAUGAGGGAGUGUUUCGGGGGAACCAAACCUGAGAAGAAAGUGUGGGUACCCAAACACGCGAAGAGGAAGAUAGAAGCUCAAGCGCGUGAAGCUGAACGGAAGAGACUGGCCCAGACCCCCACGUGCUCCACAGCCGACCAAAAACCUCUUUACGCUUGGGACGACCCCAACAAAGAGGACAGUGACAGUGAUGUGGAGGUACGGAAACGUCAGAACUGUCCUGAAACAGACGACGACUGGGCGGCCCUGUACGGGAACGCAGGGGACCCUGGGGACAGGGGUAAGGGACAGGAAUCAGAAACUAAUGAAACUAAUGAGCCAGAAAAUGGUUAAUUGGACGUUAAUAAUUAAAACGACAUAUUCCACAGACUAUUUGAUGUUGACACAUUUAUAUUUUUACUCGUUUUUUUUGGACCUUUUGUUUUUGGGUCAAAGUUUAGCCUUUACUAAGUUAUUUGAUUACAGUUAUAAUGGAUAUAUUGCUGCUGAAGCUUUCAACCAUUUUUGAAAUAGAGAUUUUCAUUUGUUCACCACCCCUCCGAACUUAUUUUAUGACGGUAGCACAAAAACUUGAGGAUUUAUUCUUUGCAUUGUAAACAUUAAAGAGAAACGUUAUAGAUACGAUAUAAUAAUAAUGUUAUACAAAUUAAUAUGUUUAAGUUAGAAAAUUCAAACUUAGUCAGGAAAUACAAUUAGCACCAAUUCAGCAGCUGCUAAGCUAUUUUAGUUUAUUUAGUUGAAUUUGAUGAAUGAAUUUAAUAUAAUAUAUCGUAAUUUAAGAGAAAGAGCAAAUAAUAUUCCUUAAUAACAUUAUCAAUACCAAGCUCCUCCAUUAGAAAACGAUUAAAAUAAUAAGAAUCAAGUUAACUCUGAUUUGUCUAGAAUUUGUAUAAAACACGUCCUAUUCCCGCCUUAUCUAAUAUUACUGCUCAUCC